AUGGAGAAAUAUGUGACCGUGAUCAAACCUUCAAGUGGGCGUGUUGCUGGUGCUAGUGACAACAAGGAGAAGCGAAUCAAGCAUAGAUACAAUCCAUAUGGCGCCAGCAACGGUAAAGAGAGGAGUCAUGAGCAGUGGAAGGAUAAGAAGAGAACAGAGAAGGUUCCUCACCCUCUGCACAAUGCCUCGCCUUCAACCAUCAGAAAACACCUUCUAAGCACUCUUUCCGAUGAAUCCAAUCCGAUAACUCAUUCAGACAUCGGCCUGCGCUCAGAUCAUGUAGUCUCUGCUGCCACUGGACAUCAGCGUUCGGAUGACCGAGGCUCUGCUCGUCAAUAUUCUGAAUCGCGCAAGCAAAAGCUAGAAUAUCAGACUCCCUCCAAAGGUUCCGCUCUAUUUAGCAAUGUUCGAGUCUACAUCAACGGCUACUUACGAGAUACGACGGAUAUCGAGAUGAAAAGAAUUGUCGCACAGGCCGGUGGAGAAGUCCUACAAACAGCUUCACGUGCCACACAUAUUUUAACGUCACAGCAGCUCAGCGGAUCAAAAACACAUAGAUUGCUCACCACAAAAUCGAAGGUCAAAGUACAUGUCGUCAAGCCGGAAUGGGUCCUGGAUAGCAUCAAGGCCGGAAAGAGAUUGAAAGAACGAGAAUAUUCGAUGGUUACGGACAAGACAUGCAAGGACUUGAUAGAUAUGUUUGGCAAGUGA